UUUAUGGUUUAAACAACAUCUCACGACUAAAUAAAAGAAAUAAACACAAAAUUUGGCUAUAACACCAUGUCCAUUGAUAAUGUGCCAUUGUUAAGAGGAGGAAUGCACCGACCGUCGACCGUGCAAUUUGGCGCCAACACACGCAGUCAGCAGCAGGAGCUGGAGCGCAGCGCAUUUCUUGGCACUGAGAGACGCCCGUGGAUGCAGGCAAAGCCCAGACCCAAAACGCACAAGGAGCGCGAGGCAAUAAUGGCAUUGCUGGCCACAUCGAGCGUCAGCAGAGACAAUAAGGCCAAGCUCAGUAUUGAGGAGAAUAUCAGUUUCGGAGACUUGGCAUCGCUGACGGCUGAAGAUCUCGAGUUGUUUGGUUUUACAGCAAGGAGCGAGCGCACCGAUUUGAUUAAAUUGUUUGCACAAAUGUGCAAUCAGGAUCCCAGCUACGAUGACAUUUGCAAUACGAAUGCAGCCGCGUGCUACAACAAUCAAAUUGUUGGCAAUGCGGCAAAUCAUAUUCAAUAUUUGCGCUCUUCGUUGGCGGCUACCAAUUACAAGCUGAAGGUGAUGCCGCCUGAAGAUGUUAUUGUGGGCGAUAAGCGUUAUGCGAGUCGCUUUGCACUGGAAGCCUUAAGCAGCGUCCAGUCCAUCUCAGAUGAGUUAAUCAAGGAUUUGCGCAAGCUGGAGCAGCUGGCCAGCAAGCGAUCAGACGAUCAGCCACCAGGCAAUGCAAAAGCAGCUAAGAAGCGAAAUUUAAAGAUCAUUUACUACACAGCGCUGGCAUUGGGAAGCGCUUGCGCCUGGUGGUGGUGGUGGUCCAAGCGCAAUUACAGUCCAAGUCUACAGAAUGUUGCCCUCAAAAUCUAAAUCGAAAUCAUUCCCAGCCACACAGAAAUAUUAUCUACCAAAAUGCAUUUGAAUUAUCGAAAUUAUCAGACUGUAAGCAUUCCAUAAGAAGGAAAAAGUAUAUUUUAUGUUCUCCAAAUGUAAUAUUAAGAAUUAUUCAAAGCAAUCAAAUUCGUGCUUAAGGCUGCCAAAUCUCUUUAGUUUAUAAUUUUCAGUUCAGCACUCGAUACAAAAGCAAAUUUAUGGCUUAAGUGCAAAGUUUAUUUUAUUAAGUUUGUCACAGUGAAAUCUCUAUAAAAUACUCCAAUACACAUAGAC